CGGCCGAGUUCCCCGUGGGGCCCCGCCUCGGAGCGGGCGGCGGCGACGGCGGAGGAGGAAACUGAGGGGCAGGAUGGCGGCCUCGGCCCUGUACGCCUGCACCAAGUGUACCCAGCGCUAUCCCUUCGAGGAGCUCUCCCAGGGCCAACAGCUCUGCAAGGAAUGUCGGAUUGCACAUCCUAUUGUAAAAUGUACUUACUGCAGAUCAGAAUUCCAACAAGAGAGCAAAACUAACACAAUUUGUAAGAAGUGUGCUCAAAAUGUGAAGCAAUUUGGGACACCCAAACCCUGUCAAUAUUGUAACAUAAUUGCAGCGUUUAUUGGUACCAAGUGUCAGCGUUGUACAAAUUCAGAAAAAAAAUAUGGCCCACCUCAGACCUGUGAACAGUGUAAACAACAAUGUGCUUUUGAUCGGAAGGAGGAAGGAAGAAGAAAGGUUGAUGGAAAGUUGUUAUGCUGGCUGUGUACUUUAUCAUACAAAAGAGUUUUACAGAAGACAAAAGAACAAAGGAAGACUCUGGGAUCCUCACAUUCAAAUUCAUCUUCUUCAUCUCUUACUGAGAAAGACCAGCAUCAUUCAAAACACCACCACCACCAUCAUCACCAUCACCAUCGUCACAGCAGUAGUCAUCACAAAAUCAGCAGUUUAAGUCCAGAGCAAGAGCAGGGACUGUGGAAACAGAGCCAUAAAUCCUCUGCAGCAAUUCAGAAUGAAACUCCAAAGAAGAAGCCCAAAUUGGAAUCUAAGCCAUCUAAUGGAGAUAGUAGCUCUAUAAAUCAGUCAGCAGAUAGUGGGGGAACAGACAAUUUUGUCCUCAUAAGUCAACUGAAAGAAGAAGUGAUGUCACUUAAGCGUCUCUUACAGCAAAGAGACCAGACCAUUUUAGAAAAAGACAAAAAGUUAACUGAACUAAAGGCUGAUUUUCAAUACCAAGAAUCAAACUUGAGAACAAAGAUGAACAGCAUGGAAAAAGCUCACAAAGAAACUGUGGAGCAACUUCAGGCCAAAAACAGAGAACUACUCAAACAGGUUGCAGCACUGUCAAAGGGUAAAAAGUUUGACAAAAGUGGAAGCAUACUAACAUCUCCUUGAGAAAGUAGUUUGUUUAGUGUUGUUUCUGCUUACAGUGUAAAUUUGAAAAAAAAAAUUCUGUGAAGCCCUUAAAUUGUGUGUAGUAGAAAAAUAUUUUUGCACACCAAAUGAAUUGGUGUGUUUCCUAUUCACUUUUGUAAGGGAACUACAGCAUUUUUUAAGUUGUAAAACAUACAAAUAAAACUUCAACUGGUUUGAAGUAACUUUUUAAUUAUUUGAUAUCCAGGAAAUUUUUUUGCCAGCAAUAGUAUUAAAUAGUUAUAAGGGGGUGCAUGAGUAGUGCUCUUUAUAAAAACAACAUGCAAUAAUAGAGUAUGAUUUUAAGAUGUUAAAGCAGCAGGGUUCGUUUGUUUUUUUAUUUUUUUCUUUCUGUUUAACACUAUGCUGACUUCAGAAAAACAGUUUUCAAUAUAGAAAUAAACUUUUAAACAAUGGAAAUGGUAAACACUGGUUUUCAAUAAUUGUGUUUUUACUUUGCAUCAGUAUGAAAAUUUAGGAGAAAAUCAUGGUGCUUUUAUUAAAUAACUUCAGAGUAUAUGUAAAUAUGUUUUUAAAAGUUAUUAACAUUAGUAAUCUAGCAUUUUCAUUAUUGAUAUAGGAAUUAAUGUUCAAUGUACAGUAUCCAGGUACAAAUGUGUUUUUGUUUUGUAAAAACUACUGUAGAUUUUUACUUACAAGUGCCUUUUUGCCACCUAAUGUUUUUAUUUAUAGGAAUGCUGAUCUUUUGUACAUAGUUUGUUUUAAAAUCAUGUUUAAUAAAUGUUUGUAUAUAAAUGCAUAUAUACAGAAGCCUAUUUCAAAAAUGAAUCAAAGUUGCUAGUAAUGUGUUUGAGGUUGCAUUAAGAACUAACUGAUAAUGCGUAUAGGUUUUAGGUGAUUUUGUGGUUUGUUUCUGUGUGAGAAAGGAAGUUCUUGGCCAUUAAAUUCAUUUAAUGAUGUCAAUACUUCCUCCAUAGAGAAUACUCUGUUCUGAUAGAGUAAUUUUAUUUUUUAUGUUACUGCUUCAUGUUCAUAUUUUUAUGAGCUACAUGUUUUUACUUUAUUUUUUUAUAAAAUUGAUGUGUUCCUACAAUGGUCCAUAUAUCUGCUUUUUCUAUGUGUGUGAUUGUCUAAGUUAAUAUUUAUGUACACCAUACUUAAUUUGUAAAUUUAAUGCAAAUGUGGGAAAAACUAUAAUUUCUGAUUAUCUUUGGAUAAAUUAAAAUGUAUAGUAAAAUUCUGGCACUAUUUAUAAGUAAAUUGUCUCAAAGUCUUUAAAAUUUUCUCUAAAAGUAAAGAUAGGGUGGGAUAGAUUAUAUGAAGUUACUGACUGACUCUGAUCUGAUCCAGUGGUUUUCUACCUAUAAUGGAAAUGUUCUGCUUAGUUUUAGUUCAGACAUUGUUAAAAAUAGUGUAAAGAGUGAAAGAGUUCCUUCUCUUUGGAACUUAUGGGCAAAGAUAAUUUGUUUCAACUAAGCUGUUAUUAAGUUGAUCACUUUUAUUUUUAAGAUAAGCAUUGAUUAUGAAUCUUAUUAAAGAUUGGUUUUCUUACAAACUCGUGAUGAUUGUAACAGUUUUUUUUUUUUUUUUUUAUAUGACCGGUGUUUCCAUAGAUGUUCCUAUAGUUGUUCGUUAUAAAGUGCUACCAAAUAAUUCUUUGUCCAAAUUGGAAACAUAUCUAGAGCAAUUUUUAAGUGAUAGUAAGAGAUUGAAUUGGUCAGAUUUUGAAAAAUCAAGACACUUUGUUUUUAUAAAAUCUUCAUGUAACAAUCUUCUUAAAUUGAUUACUUUCAACCAUGGUAGAUAAUGCCUUAACAUGGAUUUUAAUGCAGGAUUUGCUAAAUUCAUAAGAUAAUCAUUACCUUUCUUUAAAAUUUGUUAUGUUUUAUAUUCUGGUUUCAUAACCAUUUGUCAAUUCAAAGAUUAGUUAUUAUGGUUUUAAAAUAAACUGUAUAAUAGUUGUUAUACAUUGUUGGGGAUGCUAGAAGAGAAAGGUGUGCUUCCCCAUCCCCACCCCCAUGACACACACUUUAAGCUGUCAUUAAAAUUGAAAAACAAUCUAUAGAAUUGAAUUUUGUAAAUUCCAAAGCUAAAACCUUUAGGGGCUUCACAGUAUUUAGUCCUAAUUAAGUACCCUUUCCUUAAUCUAUGACCUUAUUUGAUAACUUAAAUUUUUUUUUCCAAUUGUAUAAACUAGUAAUUGAGUCCCAGUCCUGGAUCUGUAGUGUAUUGACAUAUGAGCUGAUAAUCUUUAAAUGUGGACCUGUAAGAAGAUAACUAUGGUGUGCUGUAUCGUGCUUUUAGCCUGUUUUCCACAAUUAAUUAGCAUUUAACGGUGAGGGUCAUUUAGGCUCAAGUUAUUUAUCUAUUAAUAGCCUGUGAAUAUUGCAGUCCUUUUUAGAUUGUAUUGGUCUAAAUAUGCAUUCUACAGUGAACCUGUUAAACUGUUCACAUGUAUAGACUAUGAAAUACUGUACUUGUACACAUCUGACU